AUGGAUCUAAUCCACCGCAAGAACGAGAUUAUCCUGAUAGCCCCAAUAGGCGCAGCGGCUGAUGUCAUUGGAGGAAGCACAUACCAUACGUCCCUUGGAAUUUCUCUAAACCGGUAUCGACGAACCGGAGUAGGACUAAGGGUGCGCAGGCUAUGGUCGCGAAAAACAAUUAUGAUCAUAGACGAGGUAAGCAUGGUGGAUCUCUCCGCACUUAGCAUUAUCAAUACCCACUGCAAGAUCGCGCGAUCUCUUGACAGAUCCUCUCUAGACCUCUUUGGUGGGUUGCCUAUCGUCAUUCUCAUGGGAGAUUUUUACCAAUUUCCCCCCGUCCAGGGCCAAGCCCUGUGGAAACUGCCAAGGAAUGAAACCGAUCAGGACGGAAAACUUAUCUGGUCCCAAUUCAAGCAAGUUAUCAUCCUCCAUGAGCAAAUGCGACAAGCAGAAGACUUACCAUAUCGAAAUCUGCUAACACGUAUGAGGGCUGGCACUCUCACGAAUGAUGAUAUGUUGACGUUGAACUUAAAGGCGAUCUCCUCAUUGACCAAUCCUCAUCUGCAAACCACAACAGCAGUCGUUAAGCUAAAGACUCUUCGACACGUCAUCAGUCGCUUCCAGACUGAGCGUUUUGCUCAGGCGAAACAUCAGAGAAUCAUCAUUUUCCCUGCUGUCCACACCCGCACAAGGUCUUCCAGCCCAACCGAUUUAACGCUUCACGCGGAUGACCUGCUUGGUCUCCCCGAGCAAGGCGCAAAAAUCCCUUUUCCGGGGCUCAUUCUCUAUACACUCUCCAUGCCGACAAUGGUCUUCUGGUGGAAAGGCUGUUUCUCGAAUCAAGGCCUCCUUUUCGCUGAUGGACGUGGCGAGUUCGCCCCCGGGUCCUCGUAG